CGCGUAUGAGACCCAAAGAGCCAUAACCUCAUCGACGCCGCCGCUGUCGAACCCUCACUGCUGGCUCCUCGCUCCCGCAACCUUGUGUUCAAACAACCAGUCAUUGUCAGAUCUUGCUGCAGCAGCGGCAUGACGCCAUGUUAGACGAGAAUCUCCCCACCUUCUUUCUCAAGUCCUCGACGGAAAAGAUCAAACACCACGAAUCCUUCUACUUCACCCAGAAUGGCUCCGAGGCAGAGGCCCAGUAUGCCCUCCGCCACGUCGACCCUGCCGCCCCUGAUGCCAGAAACACCUAUGCGAUAGCCUUGUUUGACUCGCGUAACCCCGACAUUCUCUACGGCGAGGUCUUCUCUAAGCCGGGAUGGUCAUAUCCUACCCUCUCCCAGGAAGAGAUUCGCAAAAAUGGCGGAGUCCCACCCCCACCUAUGCCCAUCUUCCCUACCGAGUUUGCCAUCCAGCUGUACAACCCCGAUAUGCGCGUUGUAGUUAGCCAAUCGACAGCCAAAUGGAGCAGUACUGUCAGCUGGGAGUUCAGCCUGCCCCAAGUUGCCUUCAGGACACCGAGUAACUCAGAUCUCGACCGCACAAUGAACGACCCUAGUGCCGAUGUUAACACACCCAGGGUCAAAUUUGCGUGGAGAAAAGAGGGUAGGCUGGGCAAGGAUAUGACAUGCUACAUGGUCGGAAAGUCAACAGACCCUACGGGCAAGAAGGCUAAGAAGAGUAAGGAAGGCGACAUUGCCGUGGCCAUGUUCUCCGGUCUGAAAGAGCUGACAGUCAUGGAGCCAAACCUGUAUCGCGUCGAGCUCGAAGAUUACAAAGGCCUGGAAGUCACACUACUCCUUGGCGCAGCUGUUAUACGCGACUUGUUCUUUAGUGAUCUGAAUGAACAGUUUCACAUCAAUCGCAUUGGCGCCCGCAAGAACAGUGGAGGACUCCGAGCCAGGAAAGGCUCCUCUCCCCUAGAGGCGCCAAACGUCACCAGACCAGUCAUGACACCAGAACCCCCGCCACCCCCAGCUUACACGCCUUCUUCAUCGCAAUGCCCACCUGAGAAGGCACCACUACCAGAUACUGGAGGCUCACGCCCCGACCACCAACCCCCACCACCCUCAUAUACAAACAAUGCUGCAAAGCGUGCCUCGCUUCCACCUCUUGUUACAGGUCAGAAUGGUCCGAGCCAACGUCCCCAACUGCAGCGGCCCGCACAACCCCCGCAGCCUGCACAACCACAACAGCCACCACGACCCACACAGUCCUUGCGACCCACACAACAACGCCAGCCAGGUCCACGAUUGGAUCCGCGGUCACAGUGGGAAAUCGAAGCAGAAACUGCUCGUCUGAGAGCCCAGGUAGAAGCUGAGGAGCGUGAGCAGAAACGAAAAGCUGAGGCGGACCGCAGAGCGCGUCGGAAACGGGAAGAGGAGCAAGAGCUCAAGACUCUGCAAUUCCUCGAACAGGAACGAAAACAGAAAGAACGAGAAGAGAAGGAGCGACAGAGGAAGAAGGCAGAGGUCGACAAAGAGACGGAGCGCCUCAAGAAGCAGUUUGGGGACCAGUCAAACUUGUUUCGUCCAUCUCCACAGACCCAACGACACUCGGCCCCAUUUGCACCAAGCGCAAUGCACCAACGUCCCGGUCAGGCAGCACCUCGACCAGUUCCUGGUCCAGUGCAGCCUCUGCGUGUGCAAGUACAACCGCCUCGUGUACAAGUGCAUCCACCCAACCAGCAGCAGCCGGUGGCAAACCAAACAAGCUUCCUCAGCAAUGGUCUACCCAAACCCAUCGCCAAAGCUAAGAAGAGCUUCUGGGGUCUUAGGUCCCAGAGUGAGUCGAGCGCAGAGAAACUGAAGAAGAAGAAAAGCAGCAUGUUUUGAUUCAAAAGUGUUAGUUAUGAGCAGUGUAUAGGGCCUAUUUUUGCCUCCGCUAGAUGCAUCAGUGUUGAUGGCCUGUAUGAUGUAUAUACCCACCUUGGAGUUUUUCUUUGUUUGUUGGUCAGUUUUCCGUCGGAAAGGGCGCAUGGGAUAUUCGGCGCACUCGAUUUCGGGGUUUUUUUUAACUACGUAUAUGAUUUGGCUGUUUGUCAUGGACAAUAUAGUUUGAUACCAGCAAAUGUCCUCUACAAACUAUCUCUAGACUAAGUUUCAC